GCUGCUAUCUUUAGGUCUACAAAAGCGCGUUCGCCGCGGCCAACAAUGCUUAUUUAAUUUAAAUAUAUUUUUAGACAUCCAAAGAACCUAAUUUCAAUAACCUUCGACGCUAAAAUGUUGAAAAAUUUUAAAAAUACCAUGAGGCUCUCAGGAGACCCCGCUUGGUAAACAACUUUAACGACUUACUUACAUAGUUAGGCUUGGUAUGUUAACGAACAAAUUGUUAAUGUUUAGCAACAUAGUUUUUAUUCGUGAUUACAAGUUUUAAUGUUAAUUAGUUUCCUAUGGUAACAGGGAAAGAUGCGCCGCGCAUUUUUCACUGAUCUUAUCCAUUGCGAAAUAGCUUAAUCGUUCUCUUAUGAAUAUAGUAAAGUUCUUACGAAUCGUCGCAACAUGGCUACAAUAUAUAACAUACAUUCGAAUGUUUCAUAAAUAAAAACAGUUUGUUACGCAAGUUUUGUAUCAUCGAUGAAUCUUCGUUGUUUUGAUUUACGAUGAUUUCAUAGUGUGCGCAUCGAAUGGGCAAAUGUCGCAAAAAUGCUUGUACGGAUAUCGAUGUAGUGAUUUUAAACCGAGCAGCGAUGACAUUAAUGACGUCCCGCUGAAAUGUCAUGUACCGUUUUAUACGUAUAAUCAAGAAAGUUCGUCGUGUCGUUUUCCUAAAUUAGUGCUGAUUACCGUGCCGAAAAGAAACCCACGCUUAAUUUUUGCUUCACGCAAGAAGAGACUUGUGUCAGGCAAUCAAAACAUUACAUUUUUCCGCGUGAUUACCCUAUCGCGUCAUUUAACAUGUUUCGUUCUCGCGUAAACAAUGUUCCAAUUUUUUAAGAAGCCUGGACAGAAAGACAGGCCCAGAUCUUUACAAACUUCACCAACAAAAUCAACUAGCUCUGGGAAAUCAUUUGGAGAUGUAUUCAAUAGCUGUUCAUCCAUUCAGACACCGACAAGUACAUUGUGUAGCCUUGAGGAGGAAGAGGAAGACGAAAUUCUUAAUGGUCAAACAAAAGAAACAUGUUCCUUUGGCUCUCAGCUCUCUAAAACGCUUCCACAGAUACUUGCGGACAAAGGUGCUCUAGGUUAUUUCAUUCAAUUUAUGGAGACACGAAGCAGUAUAGCCCUUAUUAAGUUUUGGCUAGAGGUGGAUUGCUUAUGCAGUUCGUUUAAGGAUCUAGAGGCAAAGAUGGAAAGUACAGAAUGUGUAAAUUGUAUAGGUAAUACGGAUAGACUGUUCAGUUCGAUAGACAGUAAUGAAAAUUUCCAUUGUGAAGCAAUGAAAAAUAGUAUAAAUGAUGAAGAGAGUGAGAAUGUAUUAUUCAAUGAUUAUGUUAGUAGUAACAAUGUAAAAUCAAAUUGCAAAGACAUGCCAAAGACUAGUCAAAUGAUAAGCAAAACGCGACAAUCAAAGCAUAAUUGCAAAAGAGAAGAUAUGACGACUAUUAAACAAGAUGCGACAAGAAUUUAUAAAAAAUAUAUUGCUAAAGAUGCUUUGGGUAUAAAUCAAAUUCCUGAAGAUCUUAAACUAAACACAGAGAAAGUUCUUACGUGUGAAAACAUUGAGCCUAUGUUACAGUGCCUAUCCUCUGUACAAACAAUUGUAUACCAGCUGUUAGAAAAUGAACAUAUUAAUGACUUCUUAAGAAGUGAAUUUCAUUGUAAACAUCAGAUUGAUGUUCUAACCAGUGGCAAUGUACAAUUAGCCGAUAUAUUAUACAAUGAAACUGCAUUCUUUUAUUUCAUGGAGUUUAUGGAACUUGAAAAUAAACGAGAACUGUUAGAUUUUUGGAUGUCUGCCAUCAGUUAUAAGCAGAACUUGUUGGAAAAAAAGGAUGCUGCGGAUCCUGAAGAAGCACAAAGCGACGCUCUAAUUAUUUAUGACAAGUACUUUAGUUUGCAAGCAACGAUGCCUCUCGGUUUUAGCGAUAAAAUUCGUUUCCAAGUAGAACAGAAUAUUUGUCGUGAAGAUGGGGAGGGACCACAACCUGAUUGUUUCGAUAAACCUUGUAAAAUUGUAUAUAAUUUUUUAAAUAAGCAUUAUCUACCUACUUUCUUAUCAUCGCAAUUGUAUUAUAAAUACUUAUCAGAAUUGAUCACUACUAUACAAAGUAGUCCAUGCUCGAGUUUACACCCUAGGCUGAAAAGAGCUGGUUCUGAUUGUAGUAGCGAAGUGAGUUCUGUUAGUAUUAGUAUGCAAAGUACCCUGCAGGCAGGGAAUGAGGGAAAUAAAUUCAUGAAGAACAAAACAAAUAUUACUGGUGGUAUGAACAUUGAUACCAGACAGCUUUAUGAUCCAGAUUCUUUAUGGAAACGUAAUAAAUAUAGUUUGAGCGUUGGUUACAUCGAUGACCUAGGCAGGUUUGUUACCGAAAUAGAACCAGAUCCUCAAAGAAAAUAUGAAUCUCGAUUAACACGUGCUGUAAAAAGACUUGUAAAUAUGGAGCAAGACAAGGCCAAAGAGGAGUUAGCAUGGAAAAUUGCUGAGAUGAUUGUUCGUGAGAUCACCUCUUUGACACUAGGAGCUUCGAAUUUCUCAUCUUGAUGACCGAAAUUAUACCUAACGACGUUAAUCUUACUUUUUGUAUAAUAUACUUCAGACUUUAGGUGCUUAGAGGUAAAUAUUUUUAUUCGACAUUACUUUUUAAUUUUCGUAGAUCGACAUUGCAUCUUCUGCCAAAGUGCCAAAUUAAACGAACGUAAAAUGAAUUAUUUUAAUACAUUUAAUAAUUAAAUUUAAUGUUUUCAAGCAUAUGCGGCGCAUACAUUUAAAAUUGAACUUACAAUAAGAUUAAAAUUGUGAUCAAUAUAGGGUUAAUACGUAAAAAUGCAUAAAUCUUUUACGUUUUGAUCAUUUGACCAUUUAAACAACAAAUUUAUAAAGCAGUUGGCGAGGUAACAAAAAAAAAUUAAUAUCAAUGUACAUACUAAGCUUUCCUGUUUAUUUAAAGCGUCGUUGCUAAUCGCAUAAACAAAAACAAUAAUUUUCAAGUUUUAUAUUCAUUUUAAUGUUCAUGAGAUUAUAAAAGUAUUGAUUUCUAUUAUAACACAAUGACUGUACUUUUAAGACGGCGAUAUUACACGAUACAGAGUAGAUGUUGCUUUGUAUUCAAUAGUUGCUAUUAUUUUUCCAGUUAUUGAACUGCCAAGUAUUUUCAUAGUUUCGUAUACAUAUUUUAUGCUUCGUCUUCUAAGAUAUUGAGAAAAACAAAUGCUUUUUAACCUUUUAACGAAAAAAUGUGAUAAAUGAACGGUUCACGACAUAUCGCAAAACAACGUGAUUAGGAUGUGGUAUAUGUUUUAAGAGUUAACCAUUAAACUGUAAUUUAGACGCAUUUUAAAUUUUCAGUUGGAUAAGCUUUAUGUGUAAUUAAAAUUUAAGUACAAAAUAUUGUUCUGUUCAUUUUUUAUGCAGUGAGAUUUAUAUUCUUUAAAGUAUUUUUAAAAUGUAGGUGUCUACUUGGCAGUAUUUAUUAUAAUAUAGUGCCUAGAUUCAUAAGUAAUGUAUAAAAAAAAUAAUUCAUUUUGUUAUUGUAUAGUCAAAUAGUCUUUAUGUAUGAUCAGUCUUAUAUAGUUAAUGUUAGUACGUAACGUUUAACUUUUACAUAAAGAUUAUUUUAUUAAAAUCAAAUCUAUUUUUUAAAAGAAUGAUGUAUAUUGUUGUACUAAAAACAAAAUUUAGAUGAUAAUAUGUCAAAUGUAAUAUAUGCAGUCCAAGACUAAUUUUGAGGUAUUAGUCAAUUAAAUUUAAUGGUACACGUUGGUUCUUUUCAAAAAUUAAGAAGCAAUUAUUUCAGUGUCUUUUUCUUGCACUUGCAAACGCAAGUUUUACAGUAUUUCGGCAAUUAAUACUAAUAGCAUUACUCGCGUGUAAGUAUUACAUUUUUUUAAGUAUACUUCUUUAAAGCUAACAACAGCAUUACUAUGAUUAUGUACUGCAUUCCAAGUUUAAUAUAAAACAUAAACAAAAGAAUUUGCUCCAGUGGUACUCUUCACAUUUAUGUAGAAUUUUUGGUGCUAAUCAAAAUAGAACUUGUUUCCUGAAAACAUAGUCUUGAUCAAGGCAAGCGUUUCUUGCCUAAAUCAUAUUAAUCAAAAUAUCUAUUCGAGAAUUCUGCACAAACUAUUUUUUCAGGUACGAAUUUUUUAAAGGUGCUUCUUACUGAUUGUGAAAAAAAAAUUCAGUUAUUCAUACUGAAAUAUCUGAAUAAAAAAUGUUAGAUGUAUGAAAGAGUUGUAUUAAUUAAACAGUAAUAUUUUGUA